AUGACCCCAUUAGAUGGUGGUAUAUUUGGAACAUCGUUGUUGUCGAAUUGCGCCUCAAGCUCAAUGGCACUUGUGGAAGUAGAAGGUCAUGAGUUAUGGGGGAGGACCACAUUCAUUAUACGCGAAUCUACACAAUACCGCUCAUCCUCUCAACAAGGGAGGCAAGUACUUCCAAUCGUCCCACCCACAUAUCGCUCCGAUGAUAAUGUAGAAACGUUGCGAAUCGGAGAGCGUCUGGAAACUUUCCACAAGCAGACUGGUCCCGUUGCAGAAUACUAUAACGCCAUGGGCCUCUAG